AACACUUGCCCAAUAAUUAAUGAAGGUAACUGUUUUGUCUGUGUACUGUCGCUUUAAGGACGGACCCGCCCACUUAUCACGUGACACAACAAGGAAGUCAAAACUGUGAACUCAGAAGCCAUUCAAAUUUAAACCUCUAGGUUUUUUUUCUGUCCGCUAAGACUUCCACGAGCUUUUUAAAUUAUGAAAUAGCUUUAUUUAUUACGAGAUCGCGUCUUUCCGUAGCGUCCGUAAACCCGCRGAACGAAAAUGUUUCUUUCGUUCUUUUUAAUUUCCUCUUUUUCGUUUUCCCUCGGACAAGCAUCGUUACCUCUUGUUGUGAACACUUGGCCGUUUAAAAGUGCAGCAACCUCAGCGUGGAGUGUUCUUCGGUCCGGGGGCUCGGUGUUGGACGCCGUGGAGAAAGGCUGCGCCCGCUGCGAGGUAGAGCAGUGCGAUGGCAGCGUCGGGUUUGGCGGCAGCCCCGACGAGUCCGGAGAGACCACGCUGGACGCCUUGAUCAUGAACGGAAACACGAUGGAGGUGGGCGCAGUCGCUGACUUGAGAAGAAUCAAAAAUGCUAUUGGAGUUGCCAGAGCUGUGAUGGAGCGCACCGAGCACACAAUGCUUGUGGGAGAGGCAGCCUCCGUGUUUGCUGAAAACAUGGGCUUUGUAGCAGAAGACCUGACUACCAACAAAUCUUUGAAUAUUUUCUCACUGUGGCUGAAGGGCAACUGCCAACCUAAUUAUCGGAAGAACGUCAGUCCAGAUGCUUCAAAAUCCUGUGGACCCUACAGGCCACAGGCAGUGCAGACACAGACCAGGGGGCCGCGGCAUGUCGGCAUACACUCCCAUGACACCAUCGGGAUGAUUGCUCUUGAUCAAAAUGGUCAUAUCGCUGCUGGUACAUCAACCAAUGGACUAAAUCACAAAGUUCCAGGUCGUGUUGGAGACUCUCCUAUUAUCGGUGCAGGGGCCUACGCAGACGGUUCAGUUGGUGCYGCUGCAGCAACUGGAGACGGAGACAUCAUGAUGCGCUUCCUACCAAGUUACUUGGCCGUGGAGCUGAUGAGGGCCGGGGCUGAUCCCUCAGCAGCCUGCAAGUCGGCUAUUUCCAGAAUCAAGAGGCAUUAUUCUGACUUCUUUGGAGCUGUAAUCUGUGCUAACAUAACAGGCCAUUACGGUAAGUGUGUGGGUUCACAAAUACAGACUGCCAUCUUUUUUUUUUUCCAAAAGGUAAUGACGCAAAUCUACUGGGAUUCAAGGGGAAAAAAUGGAAUGAUCAACACCUAAUAAUGUGAGGGUGCUGGUGGGCUUCUGGGGAUAAAAAA